CAGCUGUACCUAUUGGAAUGAGCAAGUUGGAAAAGUUCAGCGGACGGGGUGUUUGGGUGUUUUGGGGGGGGGGACCUGUGGUCGCCUCCACCCCGCCUGUCGGCGCGUCAACCAGGGACACCACCCGCUCCCGACGUUCACAGACGCGUACCCCGGCGAGCAAGACCCGAGAGCCGCCGCCGUGUGACUGGCCGUCCUUACCUGAGGGCUGUCCUGGUUCUGCUCGUCGGUGGGACACGCCGCGCCACACGACCGCACCGAAUUCACAAGUUGGGUCAAAAGCCAAGCCUGUGGAAGCCCCCUCCCUCAGCAAUGGCCUCACCGGUCUCGGUUUACAACUCCAAUGCCCUGGACACACACAUCUCCAGUACUUCCAGAGAGUCUCUGAAGAUGGAAUUGUUAGCAGAUGUGUGUCUGCUGCCAGGAGAGGACAGAAUUAUAGAUAAAGAAAUCAUCUACAUCUGUCCAUUCAGUGGAGCGGUGAAAGGCAAAGUGUUGAUCACCAACUACAGACUCUACUUCAAGAGCUCAGAUGCUGAUGUGGUGGUGAUGCUUGAUGUUCCUUUGGGUGCCAUCAGUCGGGUGGAGAAAAUGGGCGGGGCAUCAAGCAGAGGCGAAAACUCCUAUGGCCUGGAAAUCACCUGCAAGGACAUGAGGAACUUGAGGUUUGCCUUGAAGCAGGAAGGACACAGCAGACGAGAUAUCUUUGAACUCCUCUUCAGACAUGCCUUCCCCCUCUCGCAUGGUCUGCCUCUGUUUGCAUACGUGACUCAGGAGAAGUACGAGGAGAACGGGUGGAAUGUCUACAAACCCAUAGAGGAGUUCAGACGCCAGGGCUUACCUAAUAGCAAGUGGCGUAUCACAUUCAUCAAUAAGAACUAUGAGCUGUGUGACACCUAUCCCACUGUACUGGCUGUUCCCUUUAAAAGUAAAGAGGAGGACCUCAGAAGAGUCGCUGCCUUCAGGUCAAGAGGACGCAUACCGGUUCUCUCAUGGAUCCACAGGGAGAACCAGGCAGUGAUCGCCCGCUGCAGUCAGCCUCUGGUCGGCAUGUCUGGGAAAAGGAACAAGGAUGACGAGCGCUACCUCGACUUGAUCCGGGAGGCGAACGACACCACCAAGCUCACCAUAUACGACGCCAGGCCCAACGUCAACGCAGUGGCCAACAAGGCCACUGGCGGAGGCUACGAGGGGGAUGAGUACCAAAACGCAGAGCUCAUCUUCUUGGACAUCCAGAAUAUCCACGUCAUGAGGGAAUCCCUGAAGAAACUCAAAGACAUCGUCUACCCAAAUGUGGAGGAAUCCCAUUGGCUGUCCAGUCUCGAGUCUACACACUGGCUAGAACAUGUUAAGCUGGUGAUGUCAGGAGCGAUCCAAGUAGCAGACAAGGUUUCCAGUGGCAACUCAGUGGUGGUUCACUGUAGUGACGGCUGGGACAGAACUGCCCAGCUCACAUCUCUGGCCAUGCUGAUGCUGGACAGUCACUACCGCACACUCAGAGGAUUCCAGGUCCUGAUUGAGAAGGAAUGGAUCAGCUUUGGGCACAAGUUUGCCUCGAGGACAGGUCAGGGUGACAAGAACCACGCAGACCAGGACAGAUCCCCCAUCUUUGUUCAGUUCAUUGACUGUGUAUGGCAGAUGACUAAACAGUUUCCUACAGCCUUUGAGUUUAAUGAGCGCCUUCUGCUGACAAUCCUGGAUCAUCUCUACAGCUGUCGUUUCGGGACUUUCCUCUAUAACUGCGAGAGUGCACGAGACCAGCAGGAGGUGAGGUCGAAGACCGUGUCUCUUUGGUCUCUGGUCAACAGUAAGAUGGACAUUUAUUUAAACCCCUUCUACACCCCUGAGUCCGGCAGGGUCCUCUACCCCGUCGCCAGCAUGCGUCACCUAGAGCUGUGGGUAACGUACUACAUCCGCUGGAACCCACGCAUACGACAACAGCAGCAGAGUCCGGUGGAGCAGCGCUACAAGGAGCUGUUGGCCCUCAGAGACGAGUACUUGAAGAAGCUGGAGGAGCUGCAGCUGUCCGACUCCUCUCCUUCCUCCCGUCUGGCCAGCAGCCCCACCCCCAACACAUCCUCCUCCACCUCCUCCACACCAUCACAGCAAUACACACACCUACAGACUCCCUUCUGAGGGACUGUGACUCUCUCUUUCUCUCUCUCUCUCUGAUAAACUUGUUGACUUGCACUUAAGUCUUUCUCACUCAGAUUUCUGUCAGUCUUACACACAUGCAGGGAAUUAAUUAGUAUUGUGCAGUCCUAACUGUGGAUAGCAAAGCAAGCUAAUACGAUUUAGAUUUGAUUGUUAACUCUUAACACCAUAGUGGUGGUGACGAUGGUGAUUUAUGCAAACAUUUCACAGUACAGCCUUGUCACAAGACUUCUCUAUACGCACACUCGUCAUGCAGUGAAGCCUUAAAGACAUAGAGUGGGUUGAGUGCAAAGGGCUUGAACGCACAGGACACACGGUUGUAUAUCAGUGUCCACACAGGCAGCGUGGCAGUACAGACGGUGGUUGUUUUUUUUAAAUCGUGUCACCGCAGAAGCACAUUCUUACGCUACAUUUUAUAUGAUAAACCGAGGUCCAGUGCUGCGUGUGGACCGCACUGCUGUUUGACAGACAGAGCGCAGUCCUGAACUUGGGAAUCCAAUCUGAUCACAUCACAUUAUACAGGCGAAAGCUUCAGAUAAAGACAGUAAGUGAACCUUGAGUUAAGACACAUUUGUGUCCACAAUUUGACUGACAGCAAGUUAGCGUGUGUUUGGUGGGUGUAGCCUUGCUUGUGUUGGCUUUAGGCUCGCUGAAACAAGGACCCUGAAGCAGAUGAAAGUGCUAAACCAACUCUGUUGGAAUCGAAAUGACACACGUCAGUCAUCCCCAAGAGAAAAAUCCCCAGUUGUUAACCUCAGGGAGGCUACUUCCUGUGUCCACUUUACUUCCAGAACCCCACUGCCUCUGUCUCGCUAUACAACUGUGGGUGUCCUGUGUGAUCUAAGCAUAAUGCUAAUCAAGAUGUUAAUAGAACUCUCACUUUCAAACUUCUUCCUACUUGAUGCACUGAGUGUUGCCCUAAAGGAAUCAGUUGGAGCAGCUGCAGAGCUGCUGGAGGAGCUUCUGCAAUGGAUGUCAUGACUCCAGCUUAUUGUGUAACCCAAGAGUGUCAGAUUUUUGGAUGCAUCGAUGUGGAAUUUGUUGACUAGCACACGAGGACGGAAGCCACAGUUGUGUCUUGUCACGUAUGUUUGUCCCACUGCUAUCAGUGAAGCUCAACUUAGCACUGUUUCCCAGCACUUCUCAUGCUAUGGCACUGAGCGCAAAUACAGUUCUAGCCAGUAAGAAUAGUUGAGGGGGGAAAGAAUCUGAGAUUUACUUUUACGAAUGCCGCUUUGACAGAGUUUGAAAUCUUUAGUGUAAGGGAAUGAAGUGGUGCUGGCCUCUGAUCCUGCGUCCCAUCUUGUCCAUUUUUGAGCCUCACUGAACAUAACCCUGACCGGAGAAGCCUGGUGACGGCCUCACCGUGCCAGGGUGUUUGUGACCAGCAUAUGAUUUUUGGGAAAGUGAGUAGAAAAGGAAAAGAAAAACCUGUUAAAUACAGUUUACUAGAUGUUCACACCAAACCUCACCGAGAAAUCCCAUGGGAUUUAAUUGCACAUGUGCCUUUCGGACAGACUGUUUGUUUAAUACAUCAGCGUUUCCCACAUUUCACCAGGAUAUGAUGUGGAGCAGUAUUUAACGAAUAAAGUGCUACUGUAAUUUUAUCUGACUGCAUCAGAUCAUUGUUUACAACAAAUGGUUUGGAUGUCUGACUUCCCUUUAUAGCUUUGACUGGCAAAUUGACUGACAGACAUCAAUGUUGAAAUUGGUGAAACAUGUUAUCAUAAGUAACAGAAAUGAUGGGGAAUAUGGUUUAAAACAUCAGCGUAUUAUACUUUAAUGGGGAAAGGAGUCAAUAAUUAAGGUGCUCUACGGAAGAUCAAAAAUAACAAAUAGAUUAAAUGUUAGGAAUUACAACAACAACAAAGAAAAAACAAAAAAUUCACAAUGUCACCGCUUUCAAAUAAUGACAUUUUUAGUCAGUAUGGUUUGUAUUUUGUAUUUCUUCUAUGUGAGUACGAGGACGAGACAGCACUAAGUCAAUCCUUUGUCAUAAUUCUGAUUCAUAGUCUAAAAGGUAUUGACUUUAAAAAAUAAAUAUUUAGAAAUAAUGGAUCAUUCAUUUUGAUCUAAUUAGUAUUUCUAUUUUUAUGAUUUAUUAUAGUAUAGUUUUGUUCCCCCCCUCUGACUCAAAUGAGCUUCCAUAAAAUGCUCCAAUAACAUGAACACCAACCCUGUCCAAAAAGCACAUGCUGCAGUAGUGGUCUCUGUGGGUUGUGGAGCUGGUGUCUGCAGAGCGGUAUGGAGAUUCAAACUCAGGGCAUCACAGGGACAGCAGUGUGUGUGCGCGCGCGCGUGUGUGUUUGUGUGGGGUAAACAAUCAAAUUCCUCUUUUUAUGAUAAUGGAAUUGAAAGGGUUUUUUUUUUGUUCUUUUUAGAAAUAGGCAGGUGUGAAGAUUUUGCUGCUUACUCAGAAAGUUCUCAUUGUAGUUAGUUUGAAACCAACAGACAUGAACUCAGACAAGAUGAAUCAAAAUGUCCGCCACAGAUGUACUGUAUCAUUGGGUCUGUCGUCAUGACAGAAUAGUGUAUUAUAAUAAUGAUAGUUCUUCAUUCAGAGGCUGGUGGUCCUCAGUCUCUGGUGCCAACCAAGGCCACUUCGUACAGGAUUGGGUCUCGACUACUUUUUAGAGCAGGAUUGGAGUGUGUGCCGUGUGUUGCCAGUGUAUUAUUGUCCAAUUGAAAAUAGGUCAUAAAAAAAAGUUUCUGAUGUGUUCUGGAUAGCAAUUGUGCGUUAACACAGCUAAAUGGCUACACUGUGGCCCCACGCGCAAGGGGAAGCUUCUCGGCAUUUGUAGGAUUUUAUUCUAACAGAAGAACUCAGAAGUUCUCUCCAAAAAGAUUUCCAUUGCCUCUGGAGUGAUACCAAAAAAAAGAAAACCCACUAGCAUCAUCCUCAUUUUCUCAAGACCAAGUUGUCUUCACGCAGUCUUGAAGAAGUAUUUGUCAGUAAAUCGAACGUGAGACUAGGCAGAUCGUUUGGAUGAUAUAACAGUUAGAGUGCCCGAACGGAGAUGCAAGGAGCAGCUGGUUCCAGGAGGAUUUCUCAGUAGUUGAUAUGAUCUAACCUCUAUCACAAGUUCACAUUACACAGCAAAAACCCAACAACCAUAUUUCUUUCUAGACACAGUUUUGACAGCAGUUCCAUUACCAUUACAGGGAAUAUUCACAUGAUCAUUUUUAUUUUUAUUUUUUUGAAAUGCAUUAUAUCGACCUAACCUCGGUGUUCCAUUCACACAGUGACAUUUGUGGUGAUCUGGUUAUUGGCUCAAGGCACGUCAUCCCGACCCUUCUACUCACCGCGGUUCGAACGCAGUUCAGGUCGCUGCUUUGUGUUAAACUUUAAACUGCUCAUUUUAAUUAGGUCGUCCAUCAUUUCAAGCUGCCAUUGUGAGUACAGGAAACAGAAUUUAAGCUUGUUCAUUGGAUUUUAAUUUUUUUGUAUUGAGUUGCAGUCAACUCCUCUUUUGUGUGAUUGACUUACGGAACCACGGAUAUCCUGUAUAUGUAUAUACAUAUAUAUAUAUAUACAUAUAUAUAUAUACAUACAUAUAUAUAUAUAUAUCCCCCCACUGUGCUUCUCUAUAGCAUCGUUGAAUUUCAAAUAAGCAGCCUGCAAGAAGAAUUCAAAUCCAGAAGGGCCAGAGAAGCCAGCUCAGACUCCAGUACAAUUUCCCUCACACUGUCAAACUGACCAGGGCCUCGAGGAAAAAUUGGAAGCAGUGGAGAUCUAGAUGAUAUAAGUACGGCGUGACAGUUUCAGUUGCGAGUGAGGUGCAACGAGGCGUUGUGUGAAGUGCUUUUUGGUCAUUUGUGCCUUGAUUCUUGUGAGAAUCGCCCGUCAUGUUUUUGAGCAUGACUGUAUAGUUGGUCCCAAAGGAAGAUGCGGGAGGAGGCCUACAUGUGAGCCGCUGUUUAUGGCUUUGUGCCGGUGUGAAGCGGGAUCGGGCUGACUCCAGAUUGUGGAACGCAGCCAAUUCUCUCUAUCGCCUACACGUGGGAUGGCAGUGUCAGACAAUAGAACCAAGACAAAACUAGAAAUGUCCUGAUCUAAUACAUCAUGCUCCCUUUUACUGAAAUCACUUUAGAGCUAAUUCUAAUGGAACAUUCCUUGACCAUGUUAGGAUGCACACAGGGUUCUUGGUUGAGUUCCCCCCAAAACUCAACAUUUACCGAGGGGAGUGUUUUUGUACUUUUGAGGCAGAGGCAGAUUUAUAUGCUUUAGACUACACUGAACAUUCAAUGUCUCACGACGAAGCAAUUGAGGUCUUGUCACGAGAGAGCUGCGGAGCGGUUUGUGUUCUCAAAAGCCCGUGUUCCGACUCUGGCCUCGGUCAGUGAGUUGAGAACUGCUGGUUCCGACUGGAAACUGUCUCCGGCUACUAUUUGAAAUCGACAAUCCAACAUUCUCCCGUCACCCCGGACGUGCGGAGGUGAUACCAGUGCAAGGGUUUGAACUUCUCUCCCUGCUUUUUAUUUUUUUUUAAAGUUUUUUCGAUAACAGUUCCUGUCACUUGUCACAUGAACAAAAUGUGCAACACUAUGGAGUUAUACUUCCAGGUGAGAACUAUAGCACUCCCCCACACCCGCCCCGAGAAUCAGUACAACCCAUCCCCAAUUGUGUAUCCAUUGGAUUGGCCAGCAGGCCAAAGCCGUCCACCAUCGCUAUCGGGACAACUGUAACAAAUUCAGGGGUGUGUCUACAGCAAACAGUCGGGCGACCUGCAAGCAUGUCAGAUCUCAAACAGGACUUUUCUACGGUGGAUUACAGGUUACAGAGAAAACAAAGAGGGGAAUUAAAGGUUUUACAAGAAGGAUACAUUCUUUUUAACAUCCGUGACAAAAGUUUUGGUCUCACCGAGGAGGUCCGGAAGUAAAAACAACGGCGAUGGCAACAUGAAAUAUUUGUCGGUCAGGAGGGGAAUACAGAUGAAAAUCUAUAUUUUUUAUUUUUUACUUUGUACACGCACCGUGAUGUAAUUACCUCAAUCAAAACCUAUUUUACUGUCUAAAGUUCUAUUGUUGUAAAAAAUACAAUUAUUUUGUCUAGUGUAAAAUCUUACAGUUUUAUAAAAAAAAAAAAAAAAAGGAAAGCAAUGUUGGUUCAGAAAUUGUUCGUAUAUUAUUGUUUGUUUUGGAGGGCAUUUUCUUUUUUGGUUCGUACUCGCUCACCCAGUAUAAAAAGGCAGAAGCUUGUCCCACUCCUGGGCAUCUUCCUCUCAGUUCUCUGGUGGAUUCCCUCUGGCUCUGUGGGAACGAAUCUGACAAGCGCGCGCGCGCGUCACUGUUCAUUUCAAUUUGACUCCGUGAUUAACCUAGGGCUUGUAGUUUGAGGGGUUUUGUGUUAUUAUAAUAGCCUACUUUUUAAUAAAUGCACAGGAAAUGUAUUUCAGGAUCUUUUUGGCAACCAACGGUGGGAAUUUGCCAAAAAGCUGCGAUGGCAAUACCUUUCAAAUGUAUUUCUUGUAAUCAUGCUAUAUCUUCUCCAAGGUUUGUUGGGUGGCUCCUGUUUUGUAAAUAUUACUGAUUAAAUUAAUUUAAGUA